GUUCCAAGUAUCGAAUGUCCUAAAAGAGAAAAACAAACAAAAAUAACCUUUUGCCAUAUAGGUAGAGGUCCACUGAGUUUUUUUAUUUUAUGGCCAAUUCCUAUAUCUGUACAUUGGGUGGCUGAUAUUUCUGGUAGUAUUUAUUUAAAUUAUCUAGGAUUAAAGUGUCGGCGUGUAAAAGAUCUGCGUAUGACUUGGUUUUACCUGAGACCCAUUGCCAGCUGUAAUCCGAUCGCCACCAGUGCCGCUGAUUGAAGGUUCCCUGUUAACCGUGUUUACGCCCAUUUAUUUCCUGUUUCCAGGCUGUGCCGCGCGCCAAAGGGCCUGCCUCCGCAGAGACGAUCUAAGUAGGUUCAGGCAGGACUGAUCAUGCACGUCUAUUAAAAAUAAAUGGAUAAAAAGAAAGAGGAGGAGGGGGGAGGUAAAGGCAAAUAUCGGCCUGAUUUAUGAGCCAUCCAAAAUGUUCACCUUGCUCUGCUUACUUGUCAUGAUUUGAGCGUCCUGAUCCGCUGCCCAGCUGAGUUAUAUUUACCACAGGUGGCCGGGCUAAUAUCCGUGUCGCUGCCGGGGAGCGACUAGUUGUAUGGCCAGAGGCGAGAAGCUCUCAAGCCGUCCCUUUUCAACUAGUUCUGCUGUGGCAUCUGACUCCAUGUGGAAGGUGUUGGUUGAAAACCCCACUGGCUUACCCACUCUGCCUGCACGCCAACCCAAGGUUCGAAGCGACCCGCGAUGGACUCCAGGUCUCGGAGACUUCCGUUCUGCCUGUCCAGCUCCAGAUCGUCCUACAGCUUCGCUCCGGCCGUCUCCACGUCGCUGGGCUCCAGCCGGCGCUACGGCAGGGAGCCGGUGCUGAGCAACGAGCGCUUCCCGAGAGCGUCUUCGCCCUACAAAGCAGACGCCGAUAAACAGAGUUCUCGCCUCCUGAGCUCGUCGCGAGAUUACGGCGGCUCCGACACGCGCUCCCCCAGCUGGAAGCUGCCGUCGCUGACGUCCUCCGGCAGAUCUUACGACAGCCCCUGGGCUGAAUCAUCCCUCCGCAGUCGGAGCAAAGCGACUGAGUCUGCUGGGAGAUCAGGGAUUUGCUCGGGCGUGUUGAACGCCAGCGACGAUGCAGAAUCGAAAAGGGCGAAGCUUUCAUACAGCAACCAGCUGUACUCCAGAACGCCCAGCACCGCGGUUCCUGGAUCCAGCUACUCCAGUAAUGUGCUCAGCAGCAGCAGCAGAGCAGGUGCGAGUGACUCUCUGGACUCGUCGUGGAGUUCCUAUCGUUUACUCUCGAGGCCGUCGCCUUCCUCCUCUAAGCCGCUGUCGUCCAGAGAGCGAGAGACAAAGACAGAGCCCACCCUGUCGUCUCUGGCAGACCGAAGAGUCAGGACUCCCGGACUGGGCUCCUCGCUGUACCAGACAGACAGGGUGAUGUCCACAUAUGCACAGGGAGCACGCCCUAAAGAAGCCACCUCCUACUCCUCCUCCGCUGUGAGGGAGAGCUCCCUGACGUGCCGCGCCUCGUCCUCAGCCUCCCAGCAGACGUCGUCGCGGGCGCAUGACUCCAGCAGCCGCACAGCGGAGCGCUUCACGAGCCCGUCGUCCUCUCUGCGUUCAUCUCAGGAACCGCCGCGAACCCCUAAGUCCCCGGGCGCGUUCUCCUCCCACUCCUCCCACAGCCCCUGGCAGCAGAGCCCCCUGAGCCGACCGGAGGCCGCCCUCCCCCGGCCGGCCGCCGACGGCGGCGAGCCGGACGGCCGCAGCACCACGCGCCGCCUGUUGUCCCGUCUGUUCUCACGCCGCUCCAGCCAGGACUCGUCCAGCGGCUCGUCCAGCGCUCGCUCGCUGGAGGACGACAGUCCGUCCACUAGCGGGGAGUCCGUGGACAGCGACGAGGGGGCCGGGACGUCCGGCGCGGACCACGACGUGGGAGGUGGCGGCACGACCGCGGAUAGCUUCAGGAACCACAGAGCCGAGCUCUCCACCAUCCAGGAAAGCACAGGUGGCAGCGGCCUGAGCCGGCCCAGGAUGGCCUCAUGGAGGGAGCCGUCUGUGAGCAGCAGCAACGGAGGAGGGAGGAGCUCGUCCUGGCUGUCGUCCUCCUUCAGGGGCCGCUGCCCCCCCCUCCUGUCUCGCCUCAGAAGGUACGCCAGGGAAGACGGCUCGCGCUCAGAAGACAGCUACAGCCGGCCGCAGCAUCUCCUCAGAAGGUGGGAUGGCCUGGAGCUCAAGGCAUCACAGGAUGAGGAGGAGGACGACGAUGAUGAUGAUGAAGAGGAGGAGGAUGACGAUGAGGAGGAUGAUGAUGAAGAGGAAGAAGGGGCAUUCGCUUUGGAGGGUUUUGCUGAUCCCUACGCUGACAGAACAGAGAGGGAAACCUUACCUGAACUUGAAGCUGUGUUCUCGCCGCGCCGCAGACUGUCAGUCCUGGAGAACCUUUCAGACUCGGUGGGACGCGUGGAGAGGCAGCCGGAAGGCCAGAAGGAGAAGACUCCGCCCAGCAGGGACCAGGAGAAGCUGCGCCGCAUCAAAGAGAGACUGCUGAUGGAGGACUCAGACGAGGAGGAGGGAGACCUGUGCCGGAUCUGCCAGAUGCGGGAGGAGUCUUCCUCCUCCAACCCGCUGAUCCAGCCGUGCCGCUGCACUGGCAGCCUGCAGUACGUCCACCAGGAAUGCAUCAAGAGGUGGCUGCGCUCCAAGAUCAGCUCAGGAACCAACCUUGAAGCGAUCACGACGUGCGAGCUCUGUAAGGAGAAGCUGCGCCUGAAUAUCGACAACUUCGACAUCCAGGAGUUGUACCGGACGCACGUCCAGUCAGAAUAUGACGAGUUCAUCAGCAGCGGCCUCUACCUGGUGGUCCUGCUACACUUCUGUGAGCAGCGCUUCUCCGACGUGCUCGGAGCCGUCGACGCCGCCGGGUUGUUCAACCUGGUGAGAAUCCUUCAUGAACACAUGGACAGUCUUGAAACUCCCACCGGAGAAAGCGACGAUGAAGGGCCGGACAGCCGUCCGUCUGUUGACUUCUCCGACCUGGACGACGAUCUGGAGGAGUACUGAUCGUCUUGACGUGGGUUUUAAAUGGAGGUGACGCCAAGAGAGGUUCCUCCACGCCGUUUCGGAGCUCGCUCGGUUUUUCCGCCCUUCGCUUUGACGAUGUCUUCAUCACGCUGUGGCGCAGCUGCAGAGGAAAGAGGAAUGCCACGUGCACAGACCGUCUCGCCAUUGUCUCUGCUGGCUUUUUGCACAUAUGCAAACUUGGGAUAAAUGAAUGCAUAUUUUGAAUAAGACCACUUUGUCUGUUUUUGUUUUGAUUGUGCACUUUAUUUUAAACAAAUUAAAGUAUUUCUAAUGGUUAUACCACAAGUGCUUUAAUGGUUACAUGAGGACAAGUCAUUUUUACUUCAGCUGUGAUGAAAGAUGAUUUAAGUGGGAAAAUAAAAUGUGGUCAUUUUUUUGUUGCUUUCCUUUCUAGAAAUAAAAAAAAAUAAAAAUAAAGGCCCACAACUUGACGUCAUUAACAUUUUUCUUAUAAAUGCUCACUGUAUUAGAAAUCUAGUUUUAAGCUUUUCAGUUUGGAAAUAAAGAUGGAUGGCAAACUA